CGCGCUGAGGGGCGGGUUUAAAUGUACGCCACGUGCUUUGUGUGUGCGCUGUAGUCUACAGUCCGAGCUAAUGCUAAUAGAACAUCAAAAUGGUUCGGAAAUUGAAGUUUCACGAGCAGAAGCUCCUGAAGAAAGUUGAUUUUAUUAACUGGGAGGUGGAUAACAACCUGCACGAGGUUAAGGUGUUGCGGAGAUAUCAUAUCGAGAAACGAGAGGACUACACCAAGUACAACAAACUGAGCCGUGAGGUCAGGGAGCUGGCACGGAAGAUCCGGGACCUGGACGAGAAAGAUGGCUUUCGCGCUCAGAGCACCUCCAUUCUCCUGGAGAAACUAUACAGCGUGGGUCUGAUUCCCACAAAGCAGGGCCUGGCUCUCACAGAGAAGGUCUCAGCCUCCUCUUUCUGCAGGAGGCGCCUGCCCACCAUCAUGGUGAGUCUGCGGAUGGCUCAGAACCUGAAGAUGGCCAUCACCUUCAUCGAGCAAGGCCACGUGCGCGUGGGGCCUGAGAUCAUCACCGACCCCGCUUUCCUCGUCACCAGAAAUAUGGAGGACUUUGUGACCUGGGUUGACUCCUCCAAGAUCAAACAGCAUGUCAUGAAUUACAAUGAAGAGAGGGAUGACUUUGACCUUGUGGUGUAGAUCUGCGUGAAGAGACCUGCAGUUCAAUCCAUAUGCCAAGGACCCAGCGGUAACGAAGAAGACGAGACCGUGUGUGUGUGUGUGUGUGUGUGUGUGUGUGAGAGAGAGAGAGACCGAGAAGUGGUGUACAUUAAUGUAUUUUUCUGCUUGUAUUGGUAAAAUGGUGUAACGGGGACACACAAUGAAAAACAUUUACUUUAUUAGGCAGGAAUUAAGUGUUCACUUUUCUGUAUAUGGGAGUUUUAAUGUGAUUUCUUAUUAAAGUCCACAUAAUUACU